CACAUGGAGACGACACAGCUACAAACGUACAUUAGAGUUGCUGUAAGAAGUAGAAGUUACUGUAUUUGACCACAAGUGUGUUAAGAUGUCAAAGGGAGUCUAUGAAAUCCCAGAUAGAUUUAAUGACGAUGAGCCUGAUGCAAUGAAGAACACAGAAAUCGAUGGCCAAAUAUAUUCCAACGUAAGAGCCUUCAAGUCCAGUACAAGAGAUGGAAUUUUUGCUUCAGAGCCUGAUAGCUCAGGGAAGAGACCCUUCCCAGUUGCCGCAGUGUGUCUGGGGCUGCUGUGUGUUCUCCUACUGGCUGGGAUCAUAGGCCUGUCUGUCUACUAUAACAGAGCCAUCAAAGAUUCUGAGGAUAAAAGGAACAUCUUGUCACAGAGUUGUUCCCUUUAUGAGAAUAACGCAACUGCAGAGAGAGACCAGCUACAGACCAGAUACAACAACCUGACUAAAGAGAAAGGCCAUAUUCAGGCAAAGCUUUUUGUGAUGGAGCAGCAUUGUCAGGAGGGAUGGAGGUACUUUGACUCCAGUUUGUACUUCCUCUCUACUGAGAAGAAAACCUGGAAGCAGAGCAGACAGGAUUGUAAGAGGAGAGGAGCAGAUCUGGUGAUCAUAAACAGCAGAGAGGAACAGACAUUUGUCUUCAACCUCCACCUGAGAGCCUGGAUUGGUCUGACUGACUCUGUCACUGAGGGGACCUGGAAGUGGGUGGACGGCACAUCACUGACCACAGGGUACUGGAGCGCAGGACAGCCUGAUAAUUAUGGGCAGGAGGACUGUGCUGAGAUAUACUUUAGUAAAGGUGACCCUGUAACAACAUGGAAUGAUGACAAAUGUGGCACAAAUCAUAACUGGAUCUGUGAGAAAGUGGUGUAACAAUAACCCACUGUAACAAACAUUCUGUCUCCUCUCUGUGUGUCUCUGUGUCUCUCAAUUCAUUUACAUUAAAGGGGCUUUAUUGUCAUGGGAAACAUAUGCCAAAGCAAGAGAAGUAGAUCAUAUACAAAAGUGAAAUUAACAAUAAAAAAUAACAGUAAACAUUACACUCACAGAAGUUCCAAAAUAAUGAAGAUAUUUCAAAUUCCAUAUCAUGUAUAUAUACAGUGUUGUAACAAUGUGCAAAUGGUUAAUGUACAAAAGGGAAAAUAAAUCAACAUAAAUACA